AUGGCAGUGGAAGAAACGACGGCUUCGACCGUCCUGUCAACAAUUGGAACCGUGCUGUGGUGCAUCCAAUUGGCACCCCAGGUGAUCCACAACUACCGUCAUAAGUGCACAGAAGGCCUCCCACCAAUCAUGUUGUUUCUAUGGGGUUCUUCGGCCGUUCCGUUUGGAGUAUAUUUCAUUGCUCAGCGUGGAGGAGUGGCUCUUCAGGUGCAGCCCCAGAUUUUUGGAAUUUUCUCUUUCAUUGGCUGGUUUCAGUGUCUCUACUAUCCCCCGAUCCAACGGCCUAUGAAAUACUGUUUGAUUCUGGUCGGAUGCACGAUCGUGGCAGCAGCUUGUAUUGAGGUGGGACUUUCUAUUGGAUUCCGGUACCUGUACGACCGUGGAACCACCUGGCCCAAUCUCAUGAUUGGAAUCAUUGCCUGUGUCCUUCUGGCUGCCGGUCUGCUGCCUCCUUACUACGAGUUGUGGAAGCGAAACGGACAGGUGGUUGGAAUCAACUUUGUGUUUCUGACCAUGGAUUCACUGGGAGCUCUAUUUUCGUUCCUGUCGCUGCUGUUCCAGAAGGGCGACUUUGACGUGCUGGGCUGCAUUCUGUACCUCAUUGUGCUGGCUCUGGAGCUGGGCAUCAUGACUUCCCAUGUGAUUUGGCUGCUUCGAACCCGAAAGGAGAGAAAGCUCAACAGUGAGCUUACAGUGGCCAAUGAUAUCGAAGAGGGACCCAAGGAUAAUUUGGAGAGCGAAGGAACCGAUAUUUCCGAGUCUCUGACGGCAACCGAGGAGGGAAAUGGAAAGAACCGGCUGCAUGGGGUGGCCGUUGAGGUUUGA